CUAGCUAAGACAAUGUCAUUCUAUCUCGCCAUAGUCUCACCACUAGAUUCGCCCCUCUUCCAACUAUCAUUCCAAUCUUCCAAACCCUCUUCUACACCUACCACUUCAUCCCCUUUCCCUUCUUGGUCUUCUUUCAGUCCCUCGGAUGAACCGGUCUCUGCUCGAUCUACCACUCAAAACUCGACUUCGAAUGGGAAUGGAACGAUUGGAUCCGGUGGAACAGGUGCGGGAGGACAGGUAGUGGCGGAAAGACAUAUGCAGCAGAUGAUCGCUCAUGCCAGUUUGGACAGCGUGGAGGAGGUUAUGGAGGGAACUGGGAAUUUAUACUUGAAAAACAUCGAUAGACAUAACGAAUGGACCGUCUCAGCAUUCCUCGCUACAAGCGUCAAAUUCAUUCUCUUACACGAUACGAAAAACGAUGAUGGUAUCCGAGCCUUCUUCAUCGAGCUAUGGGAAGUAUAUGUCAAAGUCACAUUGAACCCUUUUCACACGGUCAACACUCCCAUACGAAAUCCAAAUUUCGAAGCGAAAGUACGAGCUGCUGCCAAACGAAAUUUAUGA